UUUGUUUUUUGGCGUCAAGAAUCUUCUCCAGCGAUUCAAUUCAACUGUCUCGUACUAACCCCAUCGCGGUGGUGGGUUCUAACCUGUGACUGUAGACGAGCGAUCUCGCGCAACUGGAAGAGAAUGAUUGCAGAGAGAUUCGAGGACGAAGAAAAAUGGCUCGCCGAGGGUAUCGCCGGGAUUCAGCACAACGCAUUCUUCAUGCAUCGCGCACUGGAUGAAGACAAUCUCAGAGACGCUCUCAAAUACUCUGCGCAGAUGCUAUCGGAGCUUCGAACUUCUAGGCUCUCACCGCACAAAUACUACGAACUGUAUAUGAGAGCCUUCGAUGAGCUUCGGAGGCUGGAGAUAUUCUUCAAAGACGAAAGAAGACACGGCGUUGCAAUUGCUGAUCUAUACGAGCUUGUUCAGCACGCUGGAAAUAUAUUGCCUAGACUGUAUCUGCUUUGCACGGUAGGAUCUGCUUACCUUAGAAGCAAGGAUGCUCCAGUAAGGGAUGUUCUUAAAGAUCUAGUGGAAAUGUGUCGCGCUGUUCAGCAUCCAAUUCGCGGUCUGUUUUUGAGGAGCUACCUUUCUCAAGUCAGUAAAGAUAAGUUGCCUGAUAUUGGACAUGAAGAUGAAGAGGGGGAAUCUAAGGAUGUGAUGGUUGCAGUUGAGUUUGUUCUACAGAAUUUCACAGAAAUGAAUAAGCUUUGGGUUCGGUUGCAGUUGCAGCAUCAGGGACCCAGUCGGAUAAGAGAGAAGAGGGAAAAAGAAAGGAACGAGCUUCGUGAUCUUGUAGGGAAGAAUCUGCAUGUUCUGAGUCAGAUAGAGGGUGUGAACCUUGAGAUGUACAAAGACAUCGUCCUUCCAAGUGUAUUAGAGCAGGUUGUCAACUGUAAUGAUGAGCUUGCCCAAUUUUAUCUUAUGGAGUGUAUAAUCCAGGUUUUUCCUGACGAGUACCAUUUGCAGACACUUGAGACACUGUUAGGUGCUUGCCCCCAAUUGCAGCCCACAGUAGACAUCAAAACAGUGCUUUCUCAGUUGAUGGACAGGUUGUCAAAUUAUGCUGCCUCUAAUACUGAAGUAUUGCCUGAAUUUCUGCAAGUGGAAGCAUUUGCCAAAUUAAGCACAGCAAUAGGCCGGGUGAUAGAAGCACAAGCUGACAUGCCUAUUGUAGGAGCAAUUGCUUUGCAUGUUUCUCUUCUUACAUUUACUCUCCGUGUUCAUCCAGAUCGAUUUGAUUAUGUGGACCAAGUACUGGGAUCAUGUGUGAAGAAGCUUUCUGGAAAACCAAAGCUUGAUGACAGUAGAGCUACAAAGCAAGUCGUAGCACUUUUAAGUGCCCCACUUGAUAAAUACAAUGAUAUUGUGACCGCAUUGACACUUUCUAAUUAUCCUCGUGUAAUGGAUCAUCUUGAUCAUGAAACAAAUAAAGUCAUGGCCAUGGUUAUUAUCCAAAGUAUUAUGAAGAAUAACACUUGCAUCUCUACUGCUGAUAAGGUUGAAGUUUUAUUUGAAUUAAUAAAAGGGCUUAUAGUGGAUUUGGAUGGAACAAUUGUGGAGGAGGUUGACGAAGAAGAUUUCAAUGAGGAACAAAAUUCUGUUGCUCGUCUCAUACACAUGUUUCAUAACGAUGAACCAGAGGAAAUGUUCAAGAUAAUUUGUACCGUAAAGAAGCAUAUUAUGAGUGGAGGACCAAGACGCUUGCCUUUUACAGUUCCUUCCUUGAUAUUCUCUGCACUCAGGUUGAUCAGGCAGUUGCAUGGCCAGGAUGGAGAUAUAGUUGGAGAAGAAGUUCCUACAACACCGAAAAAAAUAUUUCAGCUAUUAAAUGAGGUGAUUUAA